CUUACCUCCAAUUGGAUGUGUCGUUUGCAUCAUUGCAAAAUACGACGCCGAUUGAAUUGGGUGACAGUGGAGUUUGUCUAACUUGUACUGUGUUAAUUCUUGAAAAGAGUUUUGGAAAUAAAAAUACUCAUCUGAAAACAAGUAAUUAUACAGUUUACAAUACAAAUUUAAAUCAAAGUGAAUUCAAAAUAGGAUUGCUCUAAAGAAAAGCAAUACCAAUUUUUGAAUACUUUUACAAUUGUCGUUUUUUAGACCGUCCGUUCGUUCGUGUUGCUCUUGUGUUGGUUUUUUCCUUCCGCUACCAUUUACGUGUGCGUAUGUUUGUGUCGUGUUGGGAUAGAAGCCGGAAAAUAUGUAGUUAUAUCGCAAAAUAAACAAAAAGUCGAAAAAGUGUAGUCAUAAUGAAUGAAAAAGUGAUUAUAAUGCAUGGAAAAAUGCAUCAGCUGUAAAAGUUUGUGGUGUAAAAGAAUUAUUUGGCAAGAAAAUUAUAAUUUAUUAGUGCAGACGAGCCCGCCACUCCUUCGUUGAAAAAUUUUCCAUUUUCUGCAUUCGCGGCUCUGCAAAGUUUUCACUCGAAAUAUAUUCCCACUGGAGCAUAAGUGUAGUUGGUGGAGCCGAGUUAAUGUUUUUCGUGUGUGUGUGCGUGGGCCUGCAAAUAAGGAAGCCGAACGGCGAAUAGCAGAAGCCACAGCAAGUUUAGGGAGUUAUUUGACUGCAAAUAAUCAAACGGAGUAUUUUUGCAGAGUCUGCAAAGGAAUAGUAAAUACAGUGAAAAGAUAUUUAAGAAAAAAAAAUGCUUUGUGAAAGCGCAAAUAUCAGUAGUGAACGUUUCCUGUAAUUUUCAACUGCGAACAUACAUAUGUACAUACAUAGAUAUAUUAAUUUAAAUCUAUAGAUAAACGCACCGGGACUUAAGUCUUAUUUGAAAUCAAUAGUAAUGCAAUAUUUGCGGUAGUUCCGCGUCUGAAGUAACCAGUAUUUUGCAAAUUAAACGAACGUAAACGAUAACAACGAUUGAAAACCACAUUUUUUUCUAUUUGCAUUCAAUUGUUGUUUGUGGCAAACUCACAAAGGUGUAAAAAUCAGCCGCCGCCACCGUUGCCAUCGCCGAUUUAUUCAUACGCGAGUCGGCAGGCCGAACAACAAACUCUUUGUUGGGAAGCCAGUUAUUGAAUGACGUUGGUGUUGUUUGUUGCUGAUUGAGUGCACAGCUGCAGCUGCACGGCGAUCGAAAAAAAAAAAGCAAACGAAAAGCAAAAGAAGUGCUAAACAAGCACCUAAACUUCAGCAGCGGAUAGCGAAAACAAAAAUGCAACAAAUUAAGUUGCAGCAACACGAUUGGCCAGAACAGCAACAUCAACAGCAGCAACAGAGACAAUACAAUUGCCAACAACAGCGACAACAAAUAACAAAUAGUUACCAACAACAAAAACAGCAAGAAGAACUACAGCAGCAGCAGCAGCAGCACAAGCAACAAGUCAAAUACAAAGAGCAAAAAUUCAUUCCAGCCGCAUAGCUGUGGCCUUCAAUGGAGGGGGAAAAACGAAAAAACAAGAAUUCAAAUGAAUACAAUAACAAUAAAAAGACACAAAUAAAUAAAGACUUACACAUAUUCAUGUAAUAUUUAUACUCAUACAAAUAGCGCAUAUAAGACAACAACAGCAAAAAAAUACGACUAACCAAUUAACGGAGCAAUUGUUGAUGAACAAAAUUCAAUUCUCCUACCUGACUGCCCGCCUGCCUGCCUAUCGGCAUUCGACUAACCAAAAGAUAUUAACACUUCUCCACUGUCAUCGUCACAACACGCAGAAGCAGAAGGAGGAGAAAGAGGAGGGAAAAGGCGAAAUACAACAGUAUUUGUGCAACUGCAAACUUUUAUUUUAAGACGACUCUCUUACCACUUUUGAAUAUAUCCUUUCAACGCCAAUAUGGAGAAACCUAUACAUCCGACGCCAGUUGGUAAAGUUUCGCAAAUUGCGAAUCUCUUCCAACGCAAACCCAUCGAAAUACAGCCAGUUGAACAGUUAAGCGCAGCAGCCGCUGCUGCUGCUGCCGCCGCCGCCGUAGCUAAUCAGCAACAACAACAAGCGAGUGGUGGUGGUGGUGGUAUUGGUGGAGUACCAGCUACAGUUGUACGCACCGAAUCGCAUUCGGCUCGUUUCAAUAAUGCACGCGCGCUCUUCGAGAAGCUCGGCGUGGAAAAUAAUUCGAAUUCAAAUUUAAAAAUGUCACGUUCCGGCUCUCGCGAUGAUAAUCUUUGUGAGGGUAAUAGUUCGGAUCGUUCAUCGUCGCGUUCGUCUGAUCGUUCGAUAUCGCCACCAAAACGUCGUUCGCCAUUCCCGCCUGGUUGUAAUGUAGCCGCUUCAUUGUCGAACAAUAACAAUUGUGCAGCUCAAGUGAAUGGAGGCUUGGCACUGAGUAACAGUAAGUUUAUCGUAGAACCGGGUACAAAGCUACAUCACAAUAUUGCACGUCACAAAUCAGAAGACGGUGUGCUGUGUAGUUCGUCGGUCGGUGGUAUGAGUGCCAUGCUUUCUGCUGGUGGCGGUAGCGUCGAUAAGCCGGAGAAACCGGAACGUAAAUUCAAUUCUCGCGAACUAAUCGAAAAGCAAAAGAAGUGGACUUCACAUUUCACAAAAACAAAAUCGAGUCGAACACAUAGCGAUCAGAAUCGCUGUGACAUCAUUCGAACUGUCCCAGGCACAACGCUCAUUUCUGGUUCAGCCAUACAGAUGAAGGAAAAGGAGAGAGAAAAAGAGAAAGACAGGGAGCGAGAUAGGGAUAGGGACAGGGACAGGGAGAGGGAGAAAGAGAAUGCCAACUUUAACGUUGCUAUUGCCUCACCGAAUUCCAACCACAAGCAAACCGCUGCCAAUACGGCUGUAUCCAACAUGGGGCCACUGCACUCACCCAUUCUGACUGCUGCACAACAGCAUCAGCAUCAGCAAGCACAGGACCUUCCACCCAGUCCACCAGUACGACAUACGGUCGUACCACCCGAGAUAAAACCGCGUAGUACCAAUAAGAUUGGUAGUCCCAUAAAAUCGCCACCAUUGCCACCCAUACCAGCUGUCAAACCGAAGAACGUUAGUCCCGUUAAGUUUAACCCGGAACGCGUACGUUCACCUACAAAGCUGCCCGAUGCAACGCAACCACCGCCGCCACCUGCCAAAUCGGCUGCUGUCGCCGCGGCCCUGCAACGUUCACUUGACGAACAACAGGCUGCAGCCGCCGCCACCGCUGGUGCUGUUUCUAUAAUAGCCCCAGUGCCACCUGAAAAGCCGCGCAAAAAAUCCAUUGAUCUCAUUGAGGGUGAGGAACGACUGUCACCAGCCUCGCCCACCUCAGCAACAUUCCAGUAUGUGGCGGUUGCCGCAAAGCGUGGUUCCUUGGAUAGUUUAGGCGGUGGCGCCAAUGGCUUAAGUGGUAGUAUUAAUUCGGCUACGUCAUCGUCGCCAGCCGCCAGCGCUUCAUCAGGCCCCUGUUCACCAGUAUACACCGAAGAUGAGAAGCAAGAGAAUGAAUCGACUGAGAAAUCCGAAAUGCAGCAGUAUUAUAAUAGUAUGCCACGCUCGCGUCGCAGCGAUAACGAAGGACGCUCCAAUAAAACCGAACGUCAGGACGUCACCGAUGUCAUGAUGCAAAACCAGCAGCAGCAGCAGCAAAUUCAAAGUAAAAUUCAGGUCCAAAAUCAUUCCAACAUAAUUUCACCACAACGUUCAUCAUCUGUCACAUCGUCGUCGGCAACAUCGAAGCGUAUCUCGUCCAGCAUUUCUGUGCAAUUGCCAGCUGCCGGCUUGGGCUCACGUCCGCCCAGCAUUAUUUCAACAAGCGCUAGUCUCGACGAGGGCGGCUUCAAUGAGCCAUCACCAGAGAUUAAAGCCAAACUGAAGCCCGCAUAUGACUUUGGAACGAUCAAUGGAAGAGAUGCGAGUGGCGUUGGCGCCGAGGUGGAUGAGUGUGACCGUAGCAGCAGCAGCAGCAAUAUUUGUCAGCCAAUAACGGAUGAGUCUGAAAAGCCUAGUUUAAAUUAUGUGGAUGUGGGAUAUCGUCUCAAUCCGGAUGGCAGUGAGUCGCACGAAGUUUUCGGUGAAUGUGAACUUUACGACACAGCCACCAAAGUAACACAAAUGCAUAAGAAAUUCCAUGCCAAUGGAUUCGCGCAAGAGACCAACACUGUGUAUGCGACUAUAAAAACGGAUAUAACCACAGCUGUUGAACUCUAUUAUCCGGGCGGUAAGCUGGUUAAAGAACGAGAUCGAGAUCGAGAACGCGAACGUGUUGUUGGUGGUUUAUUGCAGUCACCAACGAAAUCUAUUGGCAUUGGUUGUGGUGGUGCAGCGGUAAAAACAUCAGCGAUCUCUUUACCGCCCGUCGGUGUGGUGUCGCCCAUACGGAGACGCAGCUCCGAUGUGAGUGUCAAGUCAACACCUCCAAUGUCGCCCACUUCGAUUGGCAGUGGUAGUGGCAGCUGCAGCGUCACCACACAUUCGAAUUCGACCAGCAACACGCGUCCCAUUUCUUCAAUUGCACCAGCAGUGGGCAGCAAGGGGGUAGCACCCAUUGCUUCACUCGAUACACAGGUUGAAGAGUUCGAUAGCUCUGAAUUGCCAGCAUUGCCAGAGCGUCCACCACCGCUAACUACUGGGACACACGCAACUACAACAACAGCAACUGAAAGUAGUGGGCUGUGCAGCAAUGCUUUAGAUAUGCAGGACCUAGAGUAUGCGGACAGCAGCGCUGGGGAAGAUGAGGAUGACUUGAUGCGCGCAAUUGAGGAGGACGACGAUGUGCAUCACGUUGUGGAUAUGAGCGAAGCCCCACUGGCCAUUAUAGCAGAGGAUAAGAAGGAAAAAUCGAUGGUAGCAGCAGCAGUGGUGGCAGACGUGGCAAUGCCGCGCGAUGACAGUUUACCGGAUGCCAUGACUGCUGAUGAGGCAGAACGACUGUUGAGCUCAAGAAUUUUGGAAAGCAAAAUCAGACAACAGUCGUUGCUCUCCGACGAACAAGCCAAAGAAGUCGAACAGAUACUCUCCGCUGCGCCGACAGUUGGUGCGGCCGUUGCAAAUGUUGUUGCCACAGCCACUUCACCAACUAGCAUUAAAAGUCUAGUCGAAGAAACUCAAUCAGAAUUUACGCCCACAGAUCAACAAGCCAAAAAGGAUACAGCGACUGUCAGCGGCGAAGUUACCACUGACAAAGCUGGUGACGCACAUGCGCUCACUGCUGCUGUUAGUGGCGAUAGUAAUCCAAUAACUGUCACGGUAGUAACUGCAGCCGCCGCUGCCGCCAACGACGGUGUUGGCCAACAAAACGAGGUCGACGACCAAGCUGAGGAGGAGGAGGAUGACGAUGGAGAUGUCGACAUAGUUGGCAUUGGCACCGCACCUGCACACGUUUUGAAUGUGUCCUUCACUAAGGUAGAUAGCGUCAGUGUUGCAACUCAUCAGGCCAACAACAACAGCAAUAGCAGCAAUAUACACGACGAUGAUGAGCCCGAGUGGCUGCGUGAUGUGCUCGAAGCGCCUAAUCGUAGUCUAGAAAAUUUGCUAAUUUCCCGCUGUGCUGCCGUCAACGACAGACGACAGUCCGAGGAUAGUCAGUGCGGUGGUGAAAGUAGUCUUAUUGAAAGUAAACAUUCCGAGUUGGUGACUGCCUCUAAAGUCGAGAUCAGUUAUGAUGCAGACAAUGAUUCUACGCUUUUCAUACAACAACAACAAUACGAACAACAAUCACUUUUGAAUCAAGCUAUUAUACAACAGGACGAAAGCAGUCCACUACCACCACACGGGCAAACGGGCGAAUCGUUACAAGAAUCGAUUGUAUCGGUUGAGUCCACACAAUCAGAUGGUACACUUAAUCAGACCACCACCAUCGAUGACAGCAUAAUUUCGAGCAAACACAAUUCCACUUAUUCAUUAGCAGAGGGUGAACUACAUUCAAUUAAUACAAAUACAACAACUACCAGCAUUGGCGGAGAACUCGACGAUUCACAGUACUACAUACCAGAGUAUCCGCCACAAAAGAGCAAAGAGGUAUAUGUGGAAUCGGGGGUACAUUACUUUGAAGAUGGCAACUUUUGGAUGGAAGUGCCAGGUCUACUCGACUUUGAUGACGACGAACUCUCCUACCCGCCAAUACCAGUGAAAAAGAAUACCAAAAUUCGCUUCAGUUCAGGGCCAAUACAAGUAUUUUCAACAUUUUCCGUAACUGAUUAUGAUCGCCGCAAUGAAGAUGUCGAUCCAGUCGCCGCUUCAGCCGAAUAUGAGCUUGAGAAGCGUGUCGAUAAGAUGCAUGUCUUCCCGGUGGAAUUGAUGAAAGGUCCAGAAGGUUUGGGUUUGAGUAUAAUUGGUAUGGGCGUUGGUGCCGAUGCUGGACUUGAAAAAUUGGGUAUAUUUGUGAAGACCAUUACCGAUAACGGUGCAGCCGCACGCGACGGACGCAUUCAGGUUAACGAUCAAAUUAUCGAAGUGGAUGGCAAGAGCUUAGUGGGCGUUACACAGGCAUAUGCGGCAUCGGUGUUGCGCAACACAUCUGGCCUAGUCAAAUUUCAAAUUGGACGCGAACGUGAUCCAGAUAAUUCGGAAGUGGCACAGCUAAUACGUUUGAGUUUGCAAGCGGAUCGCGAAAAAGAGGAGAGGCUGAAAAGACAACAAGAGGAAUAUUUACGACGCACUCUCGACUACUCGGAGGACUCCACCCAACCGGUUUCGGCUAAUUCUAGUGUCUGCGAGGGACCCUCAAGUCCCGUACAAGUGGAGCAUCCAAUGGAGGUCGAGGCUACCCAUUCACAGGAGGUAGAGUCGCUGAAGAGGCUGCUACAGGAGAGCGAAUUGAGUUGCCUGUUAAAAGACGACAUUAUUGAUACGCUGAAGCGUAAGUUGGUCAAAUUAGAAACAACCGGCAACGAGAAUGAGCUGCUCAGCGAGCGUUUGCGCCAAAGUGAACGCGAGCUGACCAACAUCAAAAAAGAGGCUUCGAAUCUACAAAAUAUGUUACAACAAUCGCAGGCGCAAUAUAUGACAUUGGAUAAAAAGUACAAUAAAGCCAAACGCUUGGUGCGCGAGUAUCAGCAACGCGAAGUGGAUAUGUGCCAUCGGGAGGAAUUUUACCAGCAAUUGCUGCAGGAGAAGGACACCGAAUACAAUGCACUAGUAAAGAAAUUGAAAGAUCGUGUCAUCAACUUGGAACACGAACUGCAGGAGACGCAACGUAAGGCGGGCUUCCCGGUCGGUCUGCCAUAUGACAGCGCCACACUCAAGUUGACGCCACAAAUGAUGCGUAAAGCGCCACCAAAACCUUUGUUCCAGAAACUUGAAACAGAAUUAUCCGAUACGGAGAUUUCCGAUCUCUCACCCGACGGCGAGGGUGUGAAAACGGCUACUGUGGAACGUAAAGUGCCAAUCAAAGAUGAAUUGGAUGCCGCAGUGCCGCAACACGAGCUUCUCGAUAAUACGGUCACAAAGGCGAAAAUCGAUUUAGCUUCUCGUGGUGGUUUAGCUAAUCGCCAGCUGCCUUCAACAGCGAGCAACGGCAACAACAACAGUAACAACAUCUGCAACACAACCAAUGCCACAGCAAAUAGCAAUGCCGCUGCCGCCGCCGCCGCCGCCACCGCGACCAAUAAUAGCCAAAUUCAUAUCGCUGCCUCCGCCACCUCCGCCACAAUCAACUCUAACACCAACCAGAGUAGCAGCAGUAGCAGCAGCAACAACAACGGUGUGAAAUGCAUCAGUUUUGGCAAGCAUACCCUCAGCAAUAGCAGCUCCGAUUGUGCGCUGGAUGACAGUGAAGAUGAUGGCACAUCCACUACAGUGGCUCAUGUGCAUGCCAGCGCCGCCUCCGACAGCAAUGGACUUUCGAAUGGCAGCAAUGGUAGUGUCAUCCAUCGUAAUUACUUGCAACAGCAGCAACAACAACAUCAACAACAGAAUCAUGCUCCGAAAGGCCAUCACAUCAGCACACCCGGCACAACUACGGCCAUACUGUUGAAUUCAACUACCACGGCGGUCGGUGGUGUUGCGGCUGCACGCGAGCAGCAAAUCAAUCAAUUGUAUGCGCAAGUGCACAAGGAACAUAAUAAGAGCGCCGUAUCGGCAGCGGCAGCAGCUGCUGGCGUUGGUCAUUCGACUAUACCAAAUAUAUUUAAGAACACAAUUGGUUCGCCGCCCGAUGUAGGUGUGAUCGGCGUUGGUGGUGGUGGUGAUUUUCAUCGCAGCAACAUGACUACAUUCGGUACUAGCAGUCGUGAUCUCAAUAGUUCAUACGAUUCCAUUUUAGGCUCAAACGACAAACUUUCCGAGAAUGAGCAAUCUACGGAGAAUUGGAUGUACCCGAGUCGUCGACGUGUCGGACCGACUGGUGCCAUCAUAAGUGGCAAAAUGCCGCCAACAUCGUUCACAGAACAACUUAACCAGGCACUAUCCGAGCGCGAGAGACGUCUCGGCGAUGGUUCAUCACGCCACUCCAGUGAUGAUUACACAGAAAUCAACAAAAGCCAAAGUACAGCUGCCAUCAACUGUAAGACGCUAAUCAAUGAAAUACGCCAAGCGGUGAAUGAGGCACAGCCCAAAGUUAAACAAGUUAUACCUCAAUCCCUCUCACCGCCUGGCACAGUACCAUGGCAGCAACAGCAACAACAACAAGCAACUGGACCACCAUCACCGACCAGCAUGUCAUCGGGCUGUUCCUCACCCGGCUAUUCGCCCAGUCGUGCCAUUGAUUUGUCCGGUUCGAGCAGUAGUUUCUCGGAGCGCAAAGCAGCCGCUUGUUACAAUUACAAAAGUGGACCAGUGCAUGAAUGGACAAAAGAUCAGGUCGGCCAAUGGCUUAUGGGCAUCGAAUUGGAAAGUUACAUACCGGUCUUCAAGGAGCAUAAUGUUGAAGGUGGCGCACUGUUGUCACUGGAUUCGAAAGAUUUCAAAACGCUUGGCGUUAGUGGGGAUGAUAAACAUCGACUGAAGCGACGACUCAAAGAUCUGAAGGCGAAUAUUGAGAAGGAGCGAAAAGAUCAGGAACGUGAGCGACGCGAAAGAGAGAAAGCUAUACGAAAAGCAGAGAAAAAAGCGGCCAAAAAGAAAUAGACUUAAGAGAUUUAUAAUGCAGAAAAACAAAAAAGAAAAAAACAAACACAAAAAUAACACUAAAAAAAUUUGUAGUUGUAGUAGCAAAUAGAAAAGAAUAUCUAUUAGAACAGUCGAUAGUUAUGCUAAUAGUAAGCAACUACCAAAAAUAUUUACGUUAUUUAUAAGGAAUGCAUAAAUAAGUGGGUAGGAAUACGAAUAUUGAAUGAUGAGUAGGCAGCGCAGUGAAAAGGAUAGAAAAUGUUUAUAAUUUUUUUUUUUUAUCAAAUUCACACAACUUCGACGCUUUUGAUUUGUACUAAAAGGUUAAAGUGAAAAGACCUUAAUUAUUUAUCUAUGAUUAUUUUUAACAUAAUAAGUAAUUUAUUAUAACUGAAAUGCUGCAUAAAGUUGUAAUUUUAAAUUUUAAGUAGAUUGCGCGAAAUUUUGAAAGAAAAUAUUACUCUGCGUAGUAUUUAUACAUACAUACAUACAUAUAUGUAUAUGCAUAUUUAAGUAAUUGAAAAUGAGAAGCAAAAUCCUAAUAAUAAUAACAUGAAAUUAUUUGACGAAGUAGCGAGUAAAACAAAAACAAAAUAAGAAACAAAAAAACAUAGAAAGAAGAAGCGUUCAAGCGUUUCAAGCUGAAGCAUAGUUAAUUGAUGCAACACAAAUUGGCAACAACCGAAAAAACAUAAACAAUGGACUGAUUUUAAGAAUAAAUGAAUUAAUUUAAACAUAAAAAAAAACAUAUAAUAGAAAACAACAAAACUUAACGCGAAUUAAAAUGAUAAAAAUAAUAUGAAAAAUAUUUAAUGCAUAAAAAAUAUUUUUAACUCUAAUUACUAUUUAAAGCAGCGUACAUUGCAAGCCACUUGAAAGAAAUUGAACUAAAAACACAACAACAAUGAACACUUAAUAAUAGUUUUUUUUGCUUUUUUUUGCAUAAAACAUAAUGCGAUGUGGCGUGGCGUUAAAUGGCAUUACAUGCCUGUGGACUUUUGGCAAAGCAACUUAAGGCGCUCGCCUCAUUUCCAAUGGUGUUUUUUGAGUGUUUGAGUUUGCGUGUAAAACGGAAACGAAAAAAGAUUUGAUAUUUUUGUUUACAGUAGCUUAUUUUUUGUU